AUGGCUUCCAGCCGCUUCCCCGCAGCCACAGGCCAGUGGGAGAAGACGUCCAUGCCCGUGUGCUAUCCAGAGAAGAACACUGGCAAGUGGCGGGUGUUCCUCAACUUCACAAAGCGGAAGGGAAACAAGGCGAAAAGUCAGCAGAGUUCACGGUUUGCUACUCGAGAGGCAACGCUUGCCGGCGUCUUGGACUUCAGGACAGGCGACGCCGUACAGCCCUCGCGGCAAGCUCUACAAGUGCACGAUGAGAGAUCGAGUCCCACCCUCAGCAGCUGUGGCGGCAGCGACUGCGCUUCCAGCAGGCAAGUCGUGAAUUGGUCUAAUUGGGGAAAAUCGCGCAACAGCCUCGGCAAGCUAAACGCCGUGGAGGAAAGGAAUUUCAAGCGACAGCGGCUGGCCGGUUCGGACGCGACCCGCGCAGGCUUCACGCUAGAGUCGACGCUUUCCAGGCGCGAGAGACGUUCGGUGGCCCGGGGCUGGAGCAAGAGGGAAGGAAAGCUUCGACGGGACUUCGACAAGCGGGGCUCCUAUCUCGGGAACCGGAUCUACGAGCUGACAUCGCAGAUCGAGAGUAACGAGCAGCACAUUCGGCGUAUUGAGGAAGCUAUGGCGGAGCAAGACCUCGCGAGUCUUCUCGCCCCUCUCCCCCCCUCGCCCAUCGAAGGAAAUGCAGAGGUGGACGCACGGGCGUGUACCGAGGGCGAGGACAACCAGUACAAGGAGGAAGUGUCCGCCACCCAAGCAAACCGCUUGUGGUAUCAAGGGCACUCGGCGUUGACGGUGUUGAAGGAGGAGCGGAAGCGCGACCUGCGGCAACUGGAACUCACGCAGCAGGCGAAGAGCUUGUCGGAUGAGUCGUACACGACGAUCCCAGCGGUGAAGGCAGCAGAGGCCAAACGGUUUGAGCUGUUGAACGAGGCCUCGCGUCGUCGACACGAGUCGUCGCUCUUGCGGAUCGCGGCCAGAGUAAACUCCGCUGGCUCGCGGGUUUACGCGGCAUCGACAAUCCUGGUUNACACGACGAUCCCAGCGGUGAAGGCAGCAGAGGCCAAACGGUUUGAUCUGUUGAACGAGGCCUCGCGUCUUCGACACGAGUCGUCGCUCUUGCGGAUCGCGGCGAGAGUAAACUCCGCUGGCUCACGGGUUUACGCGGCAUCGACAAUCCUGGGGUGGCUCAGGGACUUUCGGGGGCACGGUGGUUUCAAGCGAGAUUCAAGGGGGGUGCACGAGAGGGACUGGAUCAUGUCGGAAGAGGACCCAAAGGACGAGCUCAUCAAGUGGAUGAGGACACAGAAGCGCCUUACGGUCAAGGAUGUCCAGAACUACAUCAACCAGUGGCUCUUCGCGAACCAGAUCGGGGAUUUAUCCAGACUCCUUUCGUACCAGGUGAACCUUCCCGUGUCCAUGGCCACAACCCACUCCUGGAUGAUCGCGCUGGGGUGCAAGUACGAGCGGGCUACGAAGUCUUUUUACACGGACGGCCACGAGAAGAAGGACGUGGUGGUGUACCGCGGCAAGUACAUCGACGUGAAGCGGAAGCUCGCCCUUUGGCAACCUUUGUGGGUGCGAGUUCAACGAGACACUCUGACACCGAAGGAGCUUCAGCGGCUUGACGGCAUCAAAGGUCCGGCAGAGGAUUUCUGCGCAGAGGUUUACGAUUGCGUGGUAGAGGGGCGCGAGUGCAUCGAGUUCCACGUCGAUCUCCUGCGGGACAACGGCUCCGUCGAUCGAUUCGACGAUCUCCGUGCUGAACUUGGACCGGAAGGGGGGCACUUCAGCGUCCGCUUCGAAGAAGCUGCUGCUCUUCCAUGCGAGCAUUUUCACACCCCGGCCAAGUGCAAAUGCAACAGGAAGGUGCGCCACAUCGGACAGGACGAGAGUGUCUAUAAGGCGUAUGCGCGCGAGGGCAAGGAGUGGGUUGUCCAAGGGGACGAGAGUGUCUACAAGGCGUAUGCACGCGAGGGCAAGGAGUGGGUUGUCCAAGGGGUACGCGGGUUACGUAAAAAAACCGAGGGCCCGGGAGAGAUGGUGUCUGCCUUUCAAGAUGAGAGGCACGGCUUUGGCUUGCCGUUGACGGACGACGUGCUGCAGGCGGUGAACGCGCGUCGCAAGGAGAAGGGCAAGGAAGUCCUGACACGAAGCCCUGGCCUGCGGUUUCUCCAGUACGGGAAGAACAAGGAUGGAUACUGGGGAUACGACGAGUUCAAGGAACAGAUCGAGGACGUCUUGGACGUCUUGGACGUCUUCGAACCCGACAUGCAAGUGGUGGUGUUGCGGGAUACAGUCAUGACAAAGGGGUGUUUGGGACCGGAAGAGACGAAGAUGUACCCCUCCAACGGCAAGUGGAGCACGGAGUUCACCGAGGGGGCAGAGGUCUACGACACGAAGCUCAAGGUUGGCGACACACAGACCAGCACGUUUGCGGCAGGUUCUCCACCUCCCUUGUGGGAUGCGCCGCGCAAAGAUGUGAAGGUCGCGCGCAAGGCUAAGCGCAAGAGCAAAGCGGGAGCGGGGGUUGGCGCAGGCGAUGAAGGGGCGGCUGAUGGGGCUGGAACAAAGCCUAGGGAUAAGAUUAAGGAAGGGCACGAAGGGAAGGCCAAGGGCUCGAAGCAGUACCUGUGGGAACGGGGAUGGUGGAUAGAGGGGAUGAAUGCGUCAGUGGGGAUCGCUGACGAGAAGAACAUCGAGAAAGUAUUGCAGGCACUGACGAAUUUUGAGAGUGAGAGGACGGAGCUGCAGUGCUUGGUCGAGAGCAGGGGACACAUACUUUUGUUGUCUCCGAAGUGUCACCCAGAGGUAGCGGGGGUAGGGAUCGAGUACUCGUGGGGGUUUUCCAAGCAGAGGUUUCGGCGGAAGUACAACGACGAAGUCCCGAAGCACUUGCAUGCCAACAUCGAAAAAUCGAUGUGCAGGGAAAAGCAUUUGAUGAUCGGUCGGGUGCGACGCUUCGCCCGGCGUACACGAGACUACUGCCGAGCUUACCGCGAAACACAGCUGGGUGCGGUAGACGGCCAGGGUCUACAGCUGGUCGAGAAAAUGCGCGACACCCAAAAGGCUCACCGCAACAUACUGAAAAUGGAGCCCGGUUUCCUUGGCAAGCAGUGACCUUGGCCGGCCGGCCGGAAGGGGGGGGGGUACAUUGUACAGUAGAGAGUUACAUACAUAUGUUGUUGAAGGUUGUAUAGUUGUAUAUUUUACGCAGCGUGGGUGUUGUUGUUGGCUUUGUAUUACAGGUUUAGCAUAGGUGUGGUUGUGUGCAAAAAUAUCGUGCGGUACUGCCGUAAAAACCUGCUUUUUUUCCGGUCGAGUUGAGACAUAUUUGUUCGAGUUAGUGCACGCGCAUUUUGGCGUCGUGAGCUUUUAAUACGUGUUUCACAUCAUCACGCCCAGUGGGAACAAUUCAUGUACGUCAUGGGCUGGAAGGCAGCGCCAGUGUGGCUCCUGCCAACUACACCGCUUUCGCACACGUCUCUACGGUCCCUAGACCCCUCAUUUUCCUAUAUAAAUGAUGUGCCCCUGCACCCAGGUUCUGAGGCCAGAACGAAAUUCUGGAUUUCCCGCGCUGCUGUUUCGAAUCAGAACCUGAAAUUUUGAGACGGCAUAUGCAUGAGUACCACAAAAAAAAAGCCUUUGCGCCAUUUGGAUUUUUUU